AUGUUGACGUGUCGUGUGGUCAAUUCUCAACUUAAGGGGUUAUUUCAGUGCAGAAAUGUCGCUAAUUUUACUGCAAAGACUCUCAAUGAGUCAGUCAGUGGAGGAUCCAAGAACUCAAAGGACAUUGAAAGAGCAAAUAAAGCUUAUUUCCCUCCAGAUAACUUGCUUGAAAUUAUAAAGAAAAUAACCACACAAUUUGGCGGGAAAAAUCGAGCUGAUUUUCUCGAAAUUGAAUUGACUAAUACUAGAGAUAAAUUCGAGGUAUAUUUUAAUAAAAAAUCCAAGAUCCUCAAUUCACUCUUCAAGGAACUGGGACACGUGAUUCCCAACAACAUUCUUUCGGGGAUAACACGUGUACAACAUAUUUACGAUUUUUAUUCCCGCGCUGUGAGCAGUAGACAUUUUUUGGAUGACCUGCAAUUGGCCAAUACUGUGCCCAACCUGUCUAUUCGGACUGACUAUGUUCGGUUCGAUCCCUCCACUGACCAAUUCUUUGGUGGUAGGACGGCCUUUCCUGGACGGGAUACUAUAGCUCGUAGUUUAAAAUUUCCUAAUGGUGGACAUAAGGCUAAACAUCCACUUUAUAAUCCGUGA